AUGGAAAAGUGUUGGAAACUGUUCACAAUUACGCUCAUAGUUAUAUUUUCCCUGCUUACAACAGUGGAAUCGACAGUUCCUCAACCCAGAGCACCAAAUUUCCAAUAUUUUGAAAGGCCAAAAUAUAGAUACCCGUACUACGACGAGAAUGGAAAAGGAAAACUGUUAUAUGGCUAUGGAGGACCUGAAUUGUAUCAAUAUAAAUCUUAUUCACCGUUAGAAGGGAUUCAUUAG